GGUACCAUGAAUAUUAAAAGUGUCACGGUCGGCUAGUCAAAUGUAUCGAAAAGUAUCAAUGAUAAAUUUAAAGUGAAAAUUUACAGCUAGUUUAGUUCAAAGAUUAAAGGAUGGCUAAUAGUUUUUCCAACAAGUCUGCAACGAUGAAUGACCUGCCGAACGAGCUUCUGACAUUCAUUUUUGAACAUCUCAAUAUCAAGGACGUAAUACGAUGCAAUUUGGUAUGCAAGCGUUUUAAGUUACUUUGUCAAGACGUUAGAAUACCUGAGCUGAUAAUAAGUAAUAAAAUUGAAAAUAUCAAGGACUACUGGUUCUACACAAAAAAAACAAUUCAACCAUCAGGAUGCUAUCGAAGCGACAACAUUCAAUUUAUACCGGUCGAUCUUCAGAUUGGACAAGUUUAGACGACUCUACUUCGAGGGAUGUCAGUCAAAAUACGUUCAACUGAGAGUAAAUGAUUUCACGCAGCUCCAACAAUUGAGAAUUGAUGUUAAAGAUGUGGUGAGCGUAAAACAUGAAAUUCACAUCGAUCUACCAAAUUUAAAGAUGCUCGAAAUUGAUAGGGAUUCGUCCGAUCCUUCAUGUUGUACAUUCGUUAUUACAUCACCCAAACUGGAAAUGUUGAGUUGCUUUGAUUUUAAUGAUAUUCACUUAACUUACUGGAAUACCAUUACUCAUUUGGAAACGAAAUUGUAUACCGAAAAAUUUCAUGCACUGAAAAAUUUACAAUUCCUCCAAGUUGAUUAUGGUUUCCCCAUAGAGAUCAUUCGGCCAAAAAUUUUCUCAAUAUUUCCGAAACUGGAAACGUUUGCAUGUUCUCCAAACGUCUGUAGAACAUCAUAUAAAAACUUGAUCAAAGAGAAACAUCGCCUCCAGCGGCCUGGACUGAGAAUAUAUUUUCAAUCUGUUGAACUGGAUGACAUAAAAAAAAUCCGCGAAUAUAAACAAACCGUCGAUGAGUUUGUGUUCCAGAUCAAGAAUUACAAUAAGCUAGCUGAAAUUGCUGCAUGUUAUUUCGCAGUUAGUUACAAUGAACUGAUGGAUUUAAUGGGAAACAAAAUACCUGAUGACUUUUACAAGAAAUAUUUCAACGCUCGACAUAUCACUGUUGCAACAAAAGUGGAGAAUCCAGAACAUCUGUUCGGAUUUCUUAAAAACUUUGACUAUUUGACCAUCCUAUACUUGUGUAGUGACUCAUUGGAUCAAACUUUUUUCAAUGGUCUGGUCGUGUUGGAUCAGUUGACCGAACUGAUAAUAAACAAUUCAAAAUCGAUUUUCAACUUCGAUUUUAUUUUAAAGUUAAAAGGCUUGAAAAAUUUUAGAACAAACACAGAUUCUCCGAAACAUUUCGAUUUGAUGCUUGCAUUAUUCAAACAUUUGAAGUAUUUCUGUUCUAUAAAGUUCGUUUUCGAGGAAAGAAAUUUACUCAUAACCAAAAAUAAAGCAACAAACGACUACAAAAUCGUAUCUUUCGCUUACGAAAAGAAUGAACUUGAUUUUAAUGGACUGAUUCGUGAGGUGGACGCACUAAGACGUCAACAUAUUGAUCAAGAUUAAGACAAAUUACGUACGGAUUAGAUAGAUGAAACCAAGGGUCUGUAUGAAAUUCAUUUUGGCUUACUUCUCCGAGAACAGUAACGUAGUACGGAUGCAAAGUGACAAUGAAAAUGUGCGGGAAAAUGUGAGAAUCCCAUGUAUUUAAAAAUGUAACGUGAGAAAUGAUUAUCGAGAAAACGCUUCCAUGGAAACGACAAAUACGACGAA